UCUAGCUCCAUCUCUAUGCUCGCAACGCUGCAAGAAAAACCACACUCCAUCUUUGACAAAGAGAAACAAAAUAAAGUGCAUGAGAAAGAAAACACCAAGCCUGAUGAAGCUCCUGGAAAGAAGGUAUAGUACGGAAGAGGUGGGAAAAAACACAGCGAGAUGACUCACUUCACUUCACUAAGCAGCUGCCACUUCCACUAGGUAGCUAAUAAGGUAGUCGAGUUCAAGGAGACGGAAUCUUGUAGCUAGGGCAGGGGCAGCUCAGCUCAGUCGUCUCGUCCCCUCUCUCCCCCCCUUGCGGGAGGAUCGAACUGCAGCGGCCUCCACAAAUAUUAGCCAGCCACGCGCGCCCACCCACCAACCUCCCCGGCCGUCUCCAUCGAUCCAUAUUGCCGGCCAUCCCCGUCUCCAUUCCAUCCAUCCAUCCCUGCCGCUGCCACAACACACCCCAAAGCUAGCUAGCGGCUAGGCGUGCAGUGCGCGCGCGCGCGUCAAUGCAUGCCGGCCAAAUUCCCCUCCCACAGCUCAAGAUCGAUAUAUAGAAUUUCGUAGGAGAAAAAACAAAAACAAUACAUACACGCAUACAUAGGUAGAUCCCCCCUCUAGCAGUGCCCAACCUAGAGAGGCUAUAGCUAGCGCACCUCCGCUGCGGCCGCAGUGUCUAUUCUCGAUCGAGCACCAGGCCAAGCUGCUGGUCUUGGCAGAAGCCAGCAAGGGGCGGGCAACAAGAAGAAGGAUCCAGCUGAGUGGAUUGGGGUUGCUUUCUUGCUGCUCCGAUCCGAAGAAGCAGCCAAGCAAGGAAGCUAUCUGCUGCUCUCUCUUUAUUUUCUGGUUGCUUGCUUCUUCUCAAGAUCUGGCCAUCCUCCUCCGGCUGCAUCGAAUCGGGCAUGCCGCAGUAAUCCAGGGGAAGAAGCUUUCAAGCAUACAUACAUACAUGGAGUUUACUGCGACAAGCAGUAGGUUUUCUAAAGGAGAGGAGGAGGUGGAGGAGGAGCAGGAGGAGGCGUCGAUGCGCGAGAUCCCUUUCAUGACGCCCGCGGCCGCCACCUGCGCCGCGGCGCCGCCUUCUGCUUCUGCGUCGGCCUCGACACCCGCGUCAGCGUCUGGAAGUAGCCCUCCCUUUCGAUCUGGGGAUGACGCCGGAGCGUCGGGGAGCGGGGCCGGCGACGGCAGCCGCAGCAACGUGGCGGAGGCCGUGGAGAAGGAGCACAUGUUCGACAAAGUGGUGACGCCGAGCGACGUGGGGAAGCUUAACCGGCUGGUCAUCCCCAAGCAGUACGCCGAGAAGUACUUCCCGCUGGACUCGGCGGCCAACGAGAAGGGCCUUCUGCUCAACUUCGAGGACAGCGCCGGGAAGCCAUGGCGCUUCCGCUAUUCCUACUGGAACAGCAGCCAGAGCUACGUCAUGACCAAAGGCUGGAGCCGCUUCGUCAAGGAGAAGCGCCUCGACGCUGGGGACACCGUCUCCUUCUCCCGCGGCGCCGGUGAGGCCGCGCGCCACCGCCUCUUCAUCGACUGGAAGCGCCGAGCCGACACCAGAGACCCGCUCCGCUUGCCCCGCCUCCCGCUCCCGAUGCCGCUGACGUCGCACUACAGCCCGUGGGGCCUCGGCGCCGGCGCCAGAGGAUUCUUCAUGCCUCCCUCGCCGCCAGCCACGCUCUACGAGCACCGUCUCCGUCAAGGCUUCGACUUCCGCGGCAUGAACCCCAGUUACCCCACAAUGGGGAGACAGGUCAUCCUUUUCGGCUCGGCCGCCAGGAUGCCUCCGCACGGACCAGCACCACUCCUCGUGCCGCGCCCGCCGCCGCCGCUGCACUUCACGGUGCAGCAACAAGGCAGCGACGCCGGCGGAAGUGUAACCGCAGGAUCCCCAGUGGUGCUCGACUCAGUGCCGGUAAUCGAAAGCCCCACGACGGCAACGAAGAAGCGCGUGCGCUUGUUCGGCGUGAACUUGGACAACCCGCAGCAUCCCGGUGAUGGCGGGGGCGAAUCGAGCAAUUAUGGCAGUGCACUGCCAUUGCAGAUGCCCGCAUCAGCAUGGCGGCCAAGGGACCAUACGCUGAGGCUGCUCGAAUUCCCCUCGCACGGUGCCGAGGCGUCGUCUCCAUCGUCGUCGUCGUCUUCCAAGAGGGAGGCGCAUUCGGGCUUGGAUCUCGAUCUGUGACCUAAAGAGAGAAAAACAAAGGAAAGUUGUUCUGCGAUUCUUUCUUUCUUCUACCAUUUGAUUUUCGGUUCUUCUCGUCAUCUCACUUCUCAUGUGAUUCAGUUAUAAUCUUUUGAUGAUAGCGGCAGCUAGGGAUUUAACAUUUGGCCCCUUUUCGGCACUUGAAAUUUUUGUGUUGGUUUGAGAAGUCAUAAAGAAAUUAAGGUUAGCAAGAUUAAUGUUUUCCUCCCAAA